AUGGUUUCCAGGCAGUCUGUGGCUUUGUUUCUCUGCUUUCUGCUGCUAAAUCCUCUUUCUCUGGAUGCAGUCUUUCUAAAGCAGGAAGAGGCAAACAGCGUUUUGCAAAGGCAAAGAAGAGCCAACAGCUUCUUUGAAGAGAUAAAACUGGGGUCAAUAGAGAGAGAAUGCAUGGAAGAACAGUGUUCCUUUGAGGAAGCAAGAGAAAUUUACCAGGAUGAUCAAAGGACAAAAGAGUUCUGGCACAUCUAUUCUGACCCUAACCAGUGUGACUCCAACCCCUGUCAGAACGGUGGGAGUUGUGAUGACCAGUUUCAGGAUUAUGUUUGCCGCUGCCCCGCUGAAUAUGAGGGCAAAAGCUGUGAAAAAGCCGUGGCUGACACGCUGAAGUGCAUUUAUGACAACGGCGGCUGUGAACAGUACUGUGCGGACAAGCAGUCUGAAAAGCGAGUGUGCUUCUGUGCAGAUGAUUACACUUUAGCAAGUGAUGGCGUGUCCUGCAUUCCCCAAGUGCAAUACCCAUGUGGAAAAAUACCAGUUCUGGCCAAAAAAAAUGCAACAGCACAAGGGAGAAUAGUAGGUGGUUUAAUCUGUCCUCCAGGUGAAUGUCCAUGGCAGGCCCUUAUACUACAGAAUCAGAAAGAAAACUGUGGUGGUACCCUUCUUUCCCCAGAAUGGGUGGUCACUGCAGCUCACUGUCUGGAGUAUGCUCAACCUACACAGCUGCGGGUGAGGCUGGGUGAACACAGAAUAAAUUACCAUGAGAAAACUGAGCAAGAAAGCGGAGUUGCCAGGAUAAUCAUUCAUGAAGGAUACACAUAUGGACAAGUCAAUAAUGAUAUUGCCCUUCUGAACUUGGAAACACCAGUGAAUCUCACCGACUACGUGGUGCCAAUAUGUUUGCCCGAAAAACGGUUUGCAGUGUAUGAACUUUCCUCCAUCAAGUUCUCCACAGUGAGCGGAUGGGGACGCCUACUAGACGGAGGUGCCACCUCCUCUGUUCUGAUGAGGGUGGAUUUGCCACGCGUGAAGACACAAGAAUGUGAAAAGGAGACCGACUUAAAUAUUACUGAGAAUAUGUUCUGUGCAGGAGAUCUGACUGGUCUUAAAGACUCCUGCAAGGGAGACAGUGGUGGACCUCAUGCUACAAAGUACAAGAACACUUGGUUUCUGACUGGGAUUGUCAGCUGGGGAAAGGGCUGUGCUGUUAAAGGCAGCUAUGGGGUUUACACAAGGGUAUCCAAAUACAUUGACUGGUUGAAGAAGCACAUGGAUUAAUGAUGCUGAAUCAGAGCAUUUCCUGAUCAUUGCUCCCCAAUCCCUUUGUGCCAUUUUCCUACUGAAGCAUUCCUUUCAUUAUCUUAGCAAUGUGAUAUGUGUGACAACCACACCACUAUUAGCAAAUUGAAACCAGCCUAAUGCCUACUUGAGUAC